AUUGACUUUUAUGAAUAAAACAAAUUCCUUUUAUUCAUGGGAUAUCAAUUUUUAAUUAAAUUUUAAAUUAAAAUUUUAAUAUGGGGCCUUUUACUUAAUUUUGCACAGAGCCUUAAAUAUUCCAGGACCGGCCCUGCAGAGCGGACCGCCAGUGAACUAGCUGGCCUAGACCAUGUACGGAAAUGUUGGUGAAGUUGCUAAGGAGGCGGCACGAAGCGUAUAGGAAAGAAAGAAAAAGAAAUAAAGAAAAGAACUGAUGGAAGGUGGUAGAUAUUCGGUUGAUUUGGGUAACCUCCAACGCAAUCGAAGAAACGAGAUUGGGAGGAAGAAAUCCCGCAAAGGUAAAGAACUUGCCGGGUCUUCAUCUCAAAGUCGAGAUGAUUUUGAAACGGGUUACCAAAGGCGAGAUGGAGAUGCGAUGUCCGAAGAACAACUCCAACAAGAAUUGGCCCGACAUAAUAACCGCUUUCUACAACAACAACAAAUGCCGACGACCAUUGACGAAGAGGAGCUUGAGGAUGAAGAUGCGGAGGAAUUGGAACCGGAGACGGCCGAGGAGGAGGGUGCCGGCAGCCACGACGCCGACGCGCCUGCCUCAUCCCAAACCGCCACCGGUAAUAAAAAAAGUAAGUCUGAACUAAUGAAAAAUAAUUUUGAUAAAUGGAAGGACCCACAAACCGGCUAUUGGC